AUGCCGCCUUCACAGUUAAAGCAGCUCAAGUCCUCGCUGCGUGACAGCGGGGUCGUCGCGCCGCAGAAGUCGAAAAAGCAAAAACGUGAGAAUGCGAAAUCCGGCGCCGGCGGGCAGGAACGAAUCCGCCGCAAUGCCGCCUUGGAGGCUAUUCGCGACCGCUUCAAUCCGUUUGAGAUCAAGACUACGGCCUCGCGGUCUAAAUUCGACGUGACCACGCGAGAUGGAGGCUCGAAAUCUGCCGACAAGAACCAUAGACCCGGUGUCACAAAAUCGCUGGGCGAAGUGAGGAGACGCGAAACACUGCUUCGGGAAAUGAACCGCAAGAACAAGGUGGGCGGUGUCAUCGAUCGCCGUAUUGGUGAAAACGAUCCGACCAUGACGCCCGAGGAGAGAGCUGCCGAACGAUUCGCCCGAGAAAGUGAACGACGAUUGCGGAAAGAAUCAAUGUUCAAUCUAGAGGAGGAUGAUGACGACGAGGAAUUCCAACUUACCCACAAAGGGCAGUCUCUGUCUUUCGAGGAUGGCGUGAACCUGGAAGAUUACAACGACAAGGACGCGGACCUGGAUGAAGAGGAUUCGGACUCAGAACUUCCCCACAAGAGGAAGCGAGUAUUCGAGGACGAGGAUGAUAUGGGCGGCGCUGCAGAUGGGGAGGACGAGGAGGAGGAAGAGCUGCCGGAGCGGAAGAAAUCAAAGCAUGAAGUCAUGAAGGAGGUGAUCGCCAAGUCAAAGUUCCACAAAUUGGAACGACAACAAGCCAAAGAGGACGACGAUGACCUGCGGGAGGAACUCGAUAAGGAGCUCCCUGACUUGUUCGGUAUGCUGAGAGGUGUGAAGCCUCCGCCAAAGCCCGAGCCUCCGAAAGACGACAUGGGGGCGAUGAACCCGGAGCGUGCGGCCUGGAUUGAAGGAGGCCCUGGAAAGGAUACCGAGAAAGAAUACGAUCAACGCUUGAGGCAGAUGACUUUCGAACAACGGUCUAAGCCCACCGAUCGCACGAAGACCGAAGAGGAGAAGAUUGAGGAGGAGGCUCAGCGAUUGAAGAAACUGGAAGAGGACCGCCUGCGAAGAAUGCGGGGUGAGGAGUCGAGUGAGGAUGAAGAGAGUGCGAAAGAAGACGCAAGCGAUGUUGAUGAUAUGGGGGAUUCUGAUAACGAAUCGGUAUUUGACGAUGCGAAAGCAUUUGGUUUCCAAAUGUCGGCGGAUCAGACUACCUCACGCCCGGAACUGGCGGUUGAGGAUGAAGAUGAUUUCAUUAUUGAUGACGAUUUGGUGGAGACGAGGUCUGAUGUCGAUUUGUCGCUUGAUGGCAGCGAUGAUGAGGCAUCCUUUGUCGAGGAUUCUGAGGGCGAGGAAGAAGACGCACAGGAGGACGAGCACAUCAACGGCCUCACUAUCCCAGAGGGCGAGUCUGCUGCCACAGCUGACGGAGUGCAAAUCGCCGCUGAUGGACUCGCAUACACCUAUCCCUGCCCCCGCGACCAUGAGGAGUUCCUCAACAUAAUUAAAAAUGUGGCCGUUGAAGAUCUGCCCACUGUGGUCCAGAGAAUUCGAGCAUUGCACCACCCUCGUCUUGCCAGUGCCAAUAAAUCGAAACUGGGCCGGUUCUCCGCGAUCCUCGUCGAACACGUUGCAUAUAUGGCUAAUCAACCGGAACAUCCGCCGUUUGCAGUCCUGGAGAAUAUCCUCCGACACGUUCACUCUCUCGCCAAAUCGCAUCCUGAGGAAGUGUCGCAGGCAUUUAGACGCCAUCUCCGCCAGAUGUCCGCGGAACGACCGCUCAACCCGCUUCCCGGCGAUCUGGUUAUCUUGACCGGCGUUUCUGUCAUCUUCCCGACCUCAGACCACUUCCACGCCAUUGCGACACCGGCGCACCUUACGCUUGCCCGGUAUCUGGGGCAAAGCACCGUCAACUCGCUGGCUGAGAUCUCCACAGGCACCUACGCCGCCAGUCUCUUCCUGCAAUACCAGGAGAUCUCGAAGCGGUACAUGCCCGAAUUCAUCAACUACGUCCUGAACGCUUUGUGUCAUCUCUGCCCUAAGGAACCGACAACCAGUCUCGGGGCUUUCCCAACACGCAGCCCGGAGGUAUCUCUCAGACUGAGAGCCACGAAGUCCAUCGCCCCCCGAACGCUCCAAUUCUGGGACAUGUCAGGUCCUGCCGCAGGAGCAGAAGAAGAGCUCAAGCUCUCCCUGAUCACCACGCUCGUCAAGCUCCUCGACACAGCGUCCGAUCUCUGGUCCGACAAGUCCGCCUUCACCGAGAUCUUCACCCCCGCGCACGCAGUGCUCACCCACCUCGUGAAAACCUGGCCCGCCAAGCUCUCCAAGGCCACCGUCCAAGCCACCCUCACCAAGGUAUCGACACACCUCUCCCAAGCCCACCUACACCGCCGGCCCCUCGAACUCCACCACCACAAACCCCUCGCCAUCAAAUCCGCGAUCCCCAAAUUCGAAGAGUCCUUCAACCCGGACAAGCACUACGACCCGAACCGCGAGCGCGCGGAGCUCAACAAGGUCAAGGCGGAGUACAAGCGCGAGAAGAAGGGCGCGAUGCGCGAGCUGCGCAAGGACGCCAACUUCGUGGCGCGCGAGCAGCUCCGGGAGAAGAAGGAGCGCGACUCCGAGUACGAGCGCAAGUACAAGCGGCUUGUGGCAGAGGUGCAGAACGAGGAGGGUCGCGAGGCGAAUGCUUACGAGAGGGAGAAGAGGUUGCGGAAGGGGCAGCGGUGAUUCUUCUCCUCCUUUUUUACUAUUAUAUUCUCUUGCUUUCUUUUUUUACUUUCCCUUUAUUGUUGUUGUUUUAUGCAGGUUGUGGUUGUUUUAUUUCACAGGGAUGGGGUACAAAAUG